AUCGCAGCAUUUCAUUUACUGCUCGAGAAUUUACAAGAUGGAAGCUGCAGGGAAGGUUGUAGCAAUGGGGUUUAAUUUGUCUGCUUUGAAGGAGCCAAGAGGGUUCAUCAAAAUCAUUCAGUUUGUGCUGUCAUUUUGCAUUUGCCACUACUACAAGUUUCAGCUCCUCGACCACGUUCCGUGUGAAGUGUGUGAAUGCCACAGAGGAAUCUGUGACAUUUUCAUAUGGGUAUCCGAUGGACCUGGAGAGUGUUUGUAUCAAGCUCCCAGUGUGUCCAGGAGCCUCUACUACGCCAGGACUAGAUAAGUUCUGCCUGCUGGCAGGUGCCAAGCCAGCUGCUGAGUUCUAUGUCUUUGUUGGGGUUAUUGUGAUGCUUUAUUCACUGGCUGCUCUAGUCAUCUACAUCUUCUUUGAUGAGUUGUAUCGCAAAAACAACAGACUUAUUAUAGUGGACUUUGUGGUUUCGGUUGUUCUGGCACUUCUGUGGCUGAUCUCCUCUUCAGCUUGGGCUUCAGGUCUGUCCCAUGUGAAGGAAUAUACUGAUCCUUCUGAGGGAGGCAUAUAUUCCCCAAGGUUUCCUGAGUGUUCGGUCAAGGACUCCUGCUCAACAGAGAACGUUGGAAAUUAUGGAUCACUGAAUGCUUCCAUAAUCUUUGGCUUCCUCAACAUGAUGGUGUGGCUGGGGAAUCUAUGGUUCCUGUACAAGGAGACUCCAUGGUUCAAGAUCCAGUCGAAACCACCUUCAGCUCCAGAACAGAGCCAAGGGGGUGCCAAUGUGUACUAGGAAACGUCACAUGUCUCUGGCAUGCCACCACAUCCGUGCUUCUUUCGACUGUGCAUCACAGAGCAACAAAACAUUCGUGGAGCUCUGGCCAAUAUGCAACACCAGCACUUAUCAUUGUGCCAUGCAAACAAAGGAAGGCCAACAAAAGCAGAGAAUUUACCAGCAGCAUAAAAAUUGAAGAAAGUGCGGCUUCCUUGCUGGAGCAUUAACAAAAGAAGACCUACUCUGAAGAAGAAAGAGUAGUAUGGAUGCACCUUUCGCUAUACCAAUAACCCUCCUUUCUUCACCAAUGUAUAAGGACUUAGCUGAUGUUGCUUUCAGUUAGCUGCUACCACACUACAUGUUACUAUCCUAAUGACGAGAAACCAUUGCUAGUUACCAUAGCACUUAUCAUUUUCUGUCUAUGAAGAUUCUGAUUCUGUUGUCUUUAAUCCAUGUAGUCAUAGAUGAUCUGAAGUUUGAAAGCUGACAAGUACAGCACACAUCCAUAUUGAUCAUAGUGCAGUUUUGCAUUUAUCACCGUAGCCUAAAUAUUAUUGUAAUCUGAUCGAUAAUCUGACCUUCACAUAUGCAUGUAGUGGUUUAUAUUUGUGUUCUUUGCGACACUAAAAGACUGAAGCAGAAGUGAUGUUUUUCUGCUGUCUGGUGAGCUUUAUUGCCACUGUACUUGUAUGUGAGCAAUUUGUUGUUGUUAGUGAUACAUCAUAGUGUAAAGAACAUCUGCCAGGAUUGAGCUGUAUUUGUGUUGCAGUAGAGCCACAUUACAUUUCCCUAGAUGCAGCAGAUUCUGAGCAUCUUACCAUGUGAUAGUUCAUGCAAGCAGCAGUGUUGUAUCAUGUAUUUUGUUGCUCCUUUUAAAAGUAAAUAAUGUUGAUCCUAAUUGUGACAAGUGUUGAUGUUAAUAAUAAGAAUAAUUUAUUGUCAAAUGCAUAAUUCACUUGUUUUCUUUAAUUUUCCAUGAUUUAACUAUGAAGCUGGUUUUCUCUGGAUAAUCUAUCAGUUUUUGUUUGGUUUUAGUUUUGGAAGGGGAGGUAUGUUUUUCUUGCAUAUAGCAAUCUAAUUAUUCAGUCCUAAAACUCCAGUGUCUGAAAAUUAGACUAGUAACUUAAGUCUUCAUACAGCAUUAAGAGUUUUGUGCAAGGUCCAUAAAACUGCUACAGAAACUAUUUUUGUAACUGACCAUAGAAUCACAGAAUAUCAGCUCCAUUGGCAUCGACUGCAAGCAUCAUGUGUACCCAUUAUUGCCAGUUCAUGCACAGAGUGCUCAUAGUAUUUUUUUUUUGGCUCACUAUGAAGAAUGCAAUCGUGUUUGGAUAUUUCUGAGCACUGAGGACUUGUUCCUUUGCAGUUAUUUCAUGCAACUGCAUGGCUGAUCCAUACUUGUAAAGUUAAUGUCAUGCAUUGCAUGGUGUUAGUUUUGGAAACAAUACCUAAGCUUUCUGGGUUUUUAUUUUUUCCGUUAUAGCUUUAGUCCUAGGUCAGGCGCUAGGUUGUUUACCAAUGGUAGCAGUGUGUUGGGGAAACUGCAUAUUCAUUCAAGCAUCUUGUGAAGUGCACACUUGGGUAAACAAACUUGUUGAUCAUGGAAUAAGAAAUAAGAUAGUAACACAGAAGAUAACUUACCUAUUUCAUUGACCUCCAUAUUUUGUUGUGAAUGUGUUCGUUGUCCCAUUACACUUACAAUUAAGAUGGUUCUACCCUUGGAAUUAUGCCCAGUCCUGAUCUAUUUGCACUUACCCAACUCCAUAACCAACCAUAAUCUAUUACUGCUCAUGUCUUCAGAUUUAAGGUAUUUUCUUAAUAGUUACUAGUCUUUGAGAUUGAGUGCAGACGACAGGCUGUGCUUAGUAGAUACAACAGACCUGGUUACUCCUAGGAUUUUGGAGUGGCUAACAAAUUGCUGUUUUAGAGCAAACAAAAAAUGUUUUUUGAUUUUCAGUUUUUGGUGUGCUUCCUGUUAUUAGUCAUGUUGAUUUAGCCUUGGUAUUUCAAUGGAAAAUAAAAGAUUUCUAAAAUUUACUGAACUGAUCCAUGACAAAGGAAUACCUAAUUUGUGUACAGCAUUGUGACCUAAUAAAAUACUUCUUGUUCUGUCAAGAAUGCUUUUUUUCUGAUUAAGAAUACUCUUCAUCUUAGUCUACAGUACCCAGGUCUAGCACUGGGGCCAGCCCAACCACCCUCUCAUGGAGCAUUGCUGAUCUCAAAUAAUGUUUACUUUUUUCUUGUUCUUCACCAACAACAGAAACUGGCAGUAAAACUCUCAAUGUUAGUGUGACAUCGAGUACAGUGUCUAAUAACAUGUUAAAUAAUACACCACCGUCUUUACUCCCUAUACAGCUGGUUUUUUUUAUUGGUAGAACUGACCUGCUUGAAAAUUGUUUCCCCUAUUUUGAGUUCUGUGCUUUACAAUUGAAAUUCUUAAUUUUUAUAAUCAUUGUGAAGUAGCAGAUAAAGAUAUACUGUAACAACACUAAGGAAGGAUCAAAUUUCGCCACGCUUCUUUACCACUGAAGAUUUUCGCCAGCAGAUCUCUGAACAUUCCUAGAGAUUUUAUUGAAUAAUCAUGUGUGCCAGCACCGGGAUGGUUUGCUGGCUGCAUUAUGUCAUGUGCUCCUGCACCAUGCCUCCAGUUCUGAGAUGACAGCAGCAGAUGUUUUCAUCUAGUUUGAUACCAGUUAUUUAUGCAAAAGCAAUUUUUGAAAAUAUUUUUGUGUAGGAUUGAUGAUGCUUGCCUUAACAGCAUAAUGCUUAAAUUAUGGUGAUAAUUUUGUUGAAGGGUUUUUUUUUACUUAUUUAUUUAGUUUUUUUUUUUUUUGGUUCUUGGUUUUUACAUAGAAACACUAAGUACAUUGGUUCAGUGGUAGACUUAUCAACAGAGCUUAUUAAAACUUAUCAGAAAAUAACUGAUAAGUAGUAUAAUGAAUUUUUUUGCUCUGGGAAGACAUUGCCAUAUCUACUCAUGUUAUGCCAACGGUUUAAACAUGAUCAGGUCAAAUUGCUCAUGGACUUAUACAACCUUUAAAACAAACACCAAAAUGUAAGCAGUGAAAGAGUUCAGAUAAAAAAAAAAUGACCUGCAUGGUAGAUUUGACUAUUAUUAAUAUUAACUUAUUUGUCAAGGGGUUUUGAGAAUGUCCUAAUGCUAAUCAAUGCUGAACAAUGUUCGCAGUGGUGUAUAUGUUCAGUGUUCCUAUAUCUUUUUCACAUGUACACAUACAUGGAUAAACUGUUACACAUA